CGUAUAUCGUGUACAAUACACGAAUGCUCCCUCUCCAUGCUCAUAAAAUUUUCUUUUAUUGUACGUAGAAAUGGAUUCUAAAAGUCAUCCAUUUCAAAAAGAGAUUGUUUACAACAAGCUGCUACCUUAUAGUGACUCAAUUGACCUUGAAGGCCGUAAAUUUUUAGAAGAAAUCAAGUAUAAUUUUGGCCGCGCUGUGGUUUUAAGAGAACUUAGACCUGGAGCUCUACAUUGGGGGAAUAGACUUCAAAGUUACAUAAAGCUUUACGGUCAUCGAUUUACAAAGGAAGAUCACAUCCUCCUGGUUAAACUCACUUUUCAGUUAGUUAUAACUGUAGACUCCGACUCCCAAUUGUUGACCAGCUUCUGUAAUUUACUUAUUAAACUUUUGAAAAAACGGGAAUUAUUGUCGAGAAAGGAUAUUGUGCUACCAUGGAAACCACUAUAUAAUAUAUUUGAAAGUAUAUGUUACUCGAAGUUUUCCACGGUUGGCUUGAAAAGACAUUCCUGUCAACUUGAGGAACUUUUGAAGCAAGUAGUAAGAGCUAGCAGAGUAUAUUUUUCUGACGAGUCGACGCAAGAAAUGUUGGACAAAUGGCGGCCGUUAAUGUGUCCAUUUGACAUAACAUUUGCAAAGGCGAUGCAGUAUUUUUCUCUAUUUCUACCAACCACCCUUCCUCCUGAAAAACAUGACAAAGGCUUCAAACUGUGGUUUGAUGAGCUCAUUGGAUUCUGGGAUAGCUGUCAUAAUAGUCCAGCAUGGGAGCAGUUCUGCGUCAAGCUGUUUGCGAGGGUUGCAAAGGAUAACGUGGGAUACAUCGACUGGAAACCUUAUGUAUCAAAGAUUUUCACCCGGAUCUUCCGCAGUUUUAAUUUGCCCAUUGGAAUGAAGAACCAGAAUUCAUUGCGCGAUAACUACGAAUCUUACGUCAGCGCUGUGUGGAUUAUUUCAAUGAUGGGUCAUGAUGACUGUGUCCAAAAUCAUCUGGAUAACUUUUUCGAAUCCGUUGAGUCGUUUUAUCAUCCGUCCAACACGGGAAAAUACACUACUAAACUUCAGUAUUUCUUGAGUCGUUUGUCGCGAGUGAUUUGUGAUCGCGUUUACAGAGAACGAUACAAAAAACCAUCUUGGGAAAUGACAAUUCCGGAGAAUUUCCGUUUGUCCGACGACAGGAUCAUGAAGUUUGUGGAAUGUCUGAAACCGGUCGUUUUGCUGUCCAUGUUCAACAAACUGGGCAGUUUUCAAGCUGCGACAUGUCUACAACAGCUUGCCUUGUUAAGACCUGAUAUAGUAUUGCCGACUUUGUUAGAAAGAACAUACACUGCUAUCGAUACGUUAACCGAACCUCAUCAACUGACGGCAUCGCUGACCUGUAUUACUGCAGUCGCGCGACCAUUGUUAUCGAGCUUGGAAACAUUCCCAAAUGGUCCAACACAUUUCUUGCGUCUUCUAACGCUUGUUCUACCUGGAAUCGAUGCGAACGACUUUCGAAAAGCGAUGGCUACUUUUACUUUUAUUUCAACUUUGGUAUCAUUGGUACCGCUGGUCGACUGUUCGCAGGCUGUUCACACAAUGGAACUUACUGAGACCGAGAAAGAAAUGUGUGCUGCUAGCGGCCAUUUUGAAGAUUUUGUUCUUUUGUUCAUGGAAAGGUGCUUUGCAAUGAUCGAGAAUUGUCAAUUUCAACCGACGUCGGAACUAAACAGUGCUGAGAACAUGGAUAAGAUGGACAGCCAAGAGGGAAUGAUUGGAAUGGGUCUCACUUCAACAUUUCACACAAUAUUAAUGCAAUGUUCGCCACAAAUAUUUAAAGUCGCCCUGAAGCAUCUUUUUCAGUUUUGCUCCAACAAGAUUUUCGAGACUAAAGUAGCUGGUCAAAUGGUCGCUGAUUUUUGUCGAGCAGCUUCGAGGACGGACGCUCCAUCGACAUUGAAACUGUUUAUUCCUUACAUUCAUUCGGUGAUUCAAAACAUUGUGUCAGUCGAGGGAAUUGAAGAAGAGGAAGAAGUUGAUGAAGAGUUGCACUGGUGUCUACAGUUACUUUCAGAGGUCGUUCGUUGCAACGGCGAGGCUAUUCUACCGUACAAGGAUGAACUCGUGGGCAUUUUGAAACCGUGCCUUGCUCUAAAAUGUAAACGGGCAUUUCAUUUCGCUGCCAAGGUUUUACAUCAUCUCAUUCCUUCGCUGGUCGUAAUCUACCCAACGGAAUGGAAAAACUCCGCCCAUGAUUUUGGUGUAAGCCCCGAGGAACAUCUUUUUAUCAAGGACUGGGGAGCAUCUUGUGACGUCGAUGAUGUAUCAAUCAAAUGGCAUGUUCCUUCAUUGGGAGAGAAGAUGUUUGCGAAAGAACUUCUAGAUACGUUUCUACUUCCCGCUCUUGAUCGUCUUGCCAAGUUUACUAAAGGAGAUAAAAUGACCAAGGAUGAACUUCAGCAUUCAGUCGAUAUAGUUCAUCACAUUUUACAAGGUUCAUGUGGGUUACUGCCGGCAUUUCAAGGUCCGCCUCAAAAUAACAUUGAAGCUAAGUCUUUGGUGAAUCUCGACGGAGAACCUCACACGUUCUCUUGCGAACCAGAGAUUUCUCUUGGUGAAUGCUCACGGGACAAGAUUGGAGAAGACAUACAUUGUUUGUUGGUGUAUGUUUUAUCCAAUUGUGAAGAUGAUACCAAGACACUUUUCACUAUCAUUAAGAUAUACAAAGCUAUUUUACUUCAAUUUGGCGUCGCGAGAUCAGAGUUCGACAUGAGAUGGAAGAGCGCUCACGCUGUGAAAAAGGCCAUGCAAAACAAGUUUUACCACAAAAAGAAACACGUUCGAGCUUUACUUAUAGAGAGGAUUCAACUUCAGCACGAGAUGAGGGUCUUGGCCGACCGUUGUUGUAGCAUGACGCAAUUACAGGAAACAUUAAUCAUGGACCUUUUCACAUUAUCAACUAGUAUGUACACUGAGGUGCGUGUGAAAGCUCAGAAAGUGCUGGCGAUGUGUUUCGAUAAAUUUCUGUAUUCACCAAGAUUUCUUAUGAACUCUCUUGUAUUGAAACUACAACCUCAUCCUGACGUAUCACACGAGCAAUUCAAAGGAUCACUUUUUCUCUUGCUGAACGCGCGAAUUCUAUACAUCAUGACACAUUAUUGGGAGAUCAUAGAAAAGAUUUGGUUGGCUGUUGCACAGGCAGAGCAUUCAGAAAAACCGUCAAUCGUCGCUCUCAUUAAUCUCGUUGCUGAUAAGAUUGCAAAGAAACAUGACGCUGUUGCUCUUACGUUAGAUGUGUCCACGGCAGCUUUUGAUUCGGCUAUGUCAGUUCUGAACGCUGUUCAAAGCCUUUACCUGCCAUCCAGCUAUCCCAAGUCAGUUUUGCCCUCCGAAGACGAGAUCAGUGUCGGUGAAACGACUCUUGCCGAGCGAAAUCAAACAAGUUUACAUCAUUACAACUCAUUGGUGGAGAAGUUGAUUUCGCUCGUGAACAGCAACGAUUUACGCUGGCGUUUCUCACAGAUUUGUACGCGACUUUUAAAUUUGUUGGUUCGUUGGGACGUCAGUCCUCCCGUAUCCCUCGUUAAGCUCUUUACGCAAAACUUAAUACACGAAACUUUGGCUAUAAGAAAGCUUGCUAUAUCUACGAUGGGAGCUAUAUUAAAAUUGCAAAAACGAACACAUUCAAAGCUAUUGAUUGACCCAUAUGACGAAGCUGGUCUGACGACACCGAAAGUAAUUACGAUUCAAGCCGGUGACCGACCUGACAACUAUUGGUUGCAUUACGUGAGAGAUAAACUACCAAAGACUGAAGAGGAUUGGAAUGAAUGUCAUUUUAUAGAUAAAACAAAUGUUGGAUACUAUACUUGGCCAAAAAAGCUGUAUACUUAUGCUCCGUAUUCUCAACAACCGUGUCUUGAUCGGAAAAGAGAGGACCUGCGAGGCCGAAAGAGAGAUUUUGAUGCUUUUUCUAAUCCGGAGUUCGUGGAAAAGUUCGUCUCGUAUUUAUCUUUGGAAGAUCGGAAAGGAAAAGACAAAUUUAAUCUCAAUAGAUUUGUUCUAUUCAAGGGUUUGUUUCGUAAUUUUGGUGACACGUUUUUGAAACAGUUUGAACAACAUCUAGAAAAAUUAUCUGGUGAUAUGAACGAGAGUAGCCAACGUUGUGCGGCUGAAAUAACCGCUGGUCUUAUACGAGGCAGCAAGCACUGGACAUAUCCAAAGCUUGAAUCGCUGUGGAAUUUCAUUAUUCCUGUCAUUAAGAAAGCUUUGGAUAGCAUCACCGUGGAAACAUUACGAGACUGGGGGACCAGUUUAGCGACGGCAGCUGAAAGUAGAGAUCCCAGACGUAUACAUCGUCUUCUUGAUUUAUUAAUGGACGAUCCUCUUAAUGGUAGAGGCGGAGCAUUUGCUGAUAGCAGUCGUUUGUACGUACUGCAAGGAGCGCUGGCUCAGCAGGAAUGGCGAGUGGCAGAAUUACUUCAUGAUCUACUGAAGUACAUCGAGCCAAAACUUGGACAUGCUUAUAAAGACGUUAGAGACAGACUUGGAAGCGUCACUUGUAACAUCCUGAUGUGUGACGUAAAGUUGGCACGUGGUACACCAUCACGUUCCCCUCACGUGGUCGACUUCAUCAAGGCCGCUAUGUCUCAACUUCCGAACCUUAAGGAUGUUAACCUGUUACAAAAUGAAGGUCACGUGACAUCAGAUGUUGUCAUGACACCUAAGGAAAAAGUCGACGACGAAGAAUGUGAUGAUUUGACGGCGGACAUUGAAAUGGUUUCAAUGGAGGAUUCUGAGGAGGGAGGAGAAAAACGAAAGUCCGCCAUUAAAUUGAGCAAAACUGUCUUGAACUGGCUGUGGUCGAAUUCGAUGCGAAGUUUGGAUUCUUGUCCAAGCGAGUUGUUUGAACUGCUUCCUCUGAUUGUUCCACUGGAGUCACAAGAGGAUGAUCAGGAGUUACAGGAUCUUUGUUCCAAUGUUUUGUCGAAUCUUUCGUAUUGUCUCCUUUCGCCCGAAGCUCUUUCUAAAGCUGUCAGCACCAUCACUAAGAUUGCCGAAAGUCCAUCUUGGCAUUCUAGGAAGACGAUUCUCACAUUUCUUCAGGGUUUAGUUUGUGGUAACUUCUUCAUGGUGAUUGACGAUUCAAAUCACGUGACUUGCAUUCGGAACAUCGUCUUAAAUUUGCUCACGGAUCGACAACUCGAGGUACGUGAAAGCGCCAGUCAAACUUUGAGCGGAUUGAUUCAUUACGGAUUUUUUCGAGUUGAUAAAGAUUUACAGAAAAAAUUUGCCGAACUGGCGGCCACGAAACUGCCGAAGAAAGAAAGCGAAACAUAUACGUCAUCAGUAGAUACGUCAUCAGUAGAUACGUCAUCAGUAGAUAUGUCAUCACCGUAUGUUCUACGACAUGCAGGCGUUCUUGGUCUUAGUUGUGUGAAAGCCUUCCCUUACGACGUUCCAGAUUGGAUGCCACAAAUGUUGGUGGAGAUAGGGAAACAUUUACAUGAUCCUAAUCCUAUCCAGGCAACUGUAAAGAAAGUAUUGUCUGACUUUCGACGAACUCAUCACGAUAAUUGGACGGCACACAAACAACAAUUCAGCGAGGAACAACUUUUGAUAUUUACAGAUUUACUGGUGUCGCCAUGUUAUUAUGCUUGAAGCUUUCGUGAAGGUUGAAUAAGAACGACAACUACGGCGAUAUCAUAGAUGAAGGUAAAUGGAGCUUUAUGGCUCAUGGUAAAACGACCAAAAUCGUUGCUUGCAUUUCAAACCUCAAGAAGGAGGGAAUAUUUUUUACAUAAUGGAAAAAUCACACUGCACAUGAAAGUGAUGAACUUGCAAUGUUGUACAAUGGUACACAGCCAAAGACAAAUUAUUUUCAGGUAAAAUGGUCUCUCUGCACAUAGCUAAGUGCGUUCAUGUGUCAAAAGAACGUAUUUUAUGUAUAAAAAGGAAAUGAACUGGCAAUUUUCACAAUUUUUUGACAUAAAAAAAAAUGCACGCAAAGUAAAAAAUGAACACUUUUUUAAGUCUUCUGCACCCACAUUUCAUUUAGAUUUCUGAAAUCCAAUAAAGUGAUUGGCAUUUGCAAA